AAAGCAGUCUGUCGCGUCUCUGCAGUGGGAUGUUAUUGGUCGAUAGACUGUCAGAAAAUUCCUGAACCAUCUCACCCAGUUCUGCCGGCGCACACCGCAUGCUCCUACUCACUUUAAUGGAACAGGGGUGUCUCGCCGUCCAUUAAUAGGAAGCCUUGUUGUUUUUGUUGUUGCUUUUAGCACUUGGUUGUUUUUUUGUUCUCCGUUAUAACUAAACACCGACAAGUUAGCUAGUUACAAUGUCAGUUAUAGGGUUUGACGUCGGGUAUCUGAACUGCUAUGUAGCAGUAGCUAGAGCCGGAGGGAUUGAAACUGUGGCUAAUGAAUACAGCGAUCGAUGUACACCAGCAUGUGUGUCGUUUGGACCAAGGAAUCGAUCAAUUGGUGCAGCUGCAAAGAGCCAGGUUGUCACAAACUGCAAGAACACAGUGCAAGGGUUCAAGAGGUUUCAUGGCAGAGUUUUUUCAGAUCCAUUUGUGCAAUCCCUCAAAAACAGUCUGGUCUAUGACAUUGCACAAAUGCCCGCAGGAACAACAGGCAUCAAGGUGACCUAUAUGGAGGAAGAGAAGCUGUUCAGCAUUGAACAGGUCACAGCCAUGCUUCUGACCAAACUGAAGGAGACAGCGGAGAGUGCCCUGAAGAAGCCCGUGUUUGACUGCGUUGUGUCUGUUCCCUGCUACUACACUGAUGCUGAGCGGAGAUCAGUGGUAGACGCUGCUCAGAUUGCUGGACUCAACUGCCUGAGGCUUAUGAAUGAGACGACCGCAGUUGCAUUGGCAUAUGGAAUUUAUAAACAGGAUCUCCCUGCUCCUGAGGAAAAGGCCAGGAAUGUGGUGUUUGUCGACCUGGGUCACUCUGGGUACCAAACAUCAGUGUGUGCCUUCAACAAGGGCAAACUCAAGGUCCUUGCUACAGCUUGUGACCCACAGCUGGGUGGGAAAGACUUUGAUGAGAUGCUUGUGCAGUAUUUCUGCGAGGAGUUUGGCAAGAAGUACAAGCUUGAUGUGAAGUCUAAGCCCCGAGCUCUGGUCAGACUCUAUCAGGAGUGUGAAAAACUGAAGAAGCUGAUGAGUGCCAACUCCUCCGACCUGCCGCUGAACAUCGAGUGCUUCAUGAACGACAUCGAUGUCACUGGAAAGAUGAACAGGGGGCAGUUUGAAGAGAUGUGUGCAGAUAUUCUAUCAAGAGUAGAGGCACCACUGCAGAGUCUCCUGGAGCAAGCCAAACUGAAAAAGGAAGACAUCUAUGCAGUUGAGAUUGUCGGCGGAGCUUCCAGGAUCCCAGCCGUCAAAGAAAGAAUUAGCAAAUUCUUCGGGAAGGAGUUGAGCACUACUCUGAAUGCUGAUGAAGCCGUGGCGAGAGGUUGUGCCCUGCAGUGCGCUAUACUGUCUCCUGCCUUCAAAGUCCGGGAGUUCUCCAUCACAGAGGUCGUUCCGUAUCCCAUCUCCUUGAAGUGGCACUCUGCAGCAGAGGACGGUGUAAGUGAUUGUGAGGUUUUUCCUAAGAACCAUGCAGCACCUUUCUCCAAAGUGCUGACCUUUUACCGCAGAGAGCCUUUCUCUUUGGAAGCCUACUACAGCUGUCCCAGUGAGCUGCCUUAUCCUGAUCCUACUAUUGGUCAGUUCCUGAUCCAGAAGGUUGUCCCUCAAGCAUCAGGCGAGAGUUCAAAGGUAAAAGUCAAGGUGCGAGUGAACAUCCACGGGAUCUUCAGCGUGUCCAGUGCGUCUCUGGUAGAAGUGCAGAAGUCGGAUGAGACAGAGGAGCCCAUGGAAACGGAACAGGCCGCCGCCGCUGACAAAGAUGGAGAGAGCAAAAUGCAGACCGAUCAGGAUGCAGGACAGCAGGCUCAGGCCGACGUUCAGAAAGAAACGGAAGAGAAAACACCACAAGAGAACGAAGAGAUGGAUACGAGCACGGAAGAGAACAAGGGAGAGAAAAAGUCCGACCAGCCCCCACAAGCCAAAAAGGCCAAAGUCAAAACUAAAGUGCUGGAGCUUCCUAUUGAGAACAGUCCACAGUGGCAGCUAGCCAACGACAUGCUCAAUCUUUUUGUAGAAAACGAGGGCAAGAUGAUAAUGCAGGACAAGCUGGAGAAGGAGAGGAAUGACGCCAAGAAUAAUGUGGAGGAAUAUGUGUACGAUAUGAGGGACAAACUGCAUGGGAUUUUUGAGAAGUUUGUCAGUGAAUCAGACAGAGAUGCUUUGUCAUUAAAACUGGAGGACACUGAAAACUGGCUUUAUGAAGAUGGAGAGGACCAACCCAAACAAGUGUACAUUGACAAACUGGCAGAGUUGAAGAAACUCGGCCAGCCCAUCCAGGAAAGGUAUAUGGAGUCUGAAGAGCGACCCAAAGCCUUUGAUGAGAUGGGAAAGCAAAUCCAGCAGUACAUGAAAUUUGUGGAAGCUUUCAAAAUGAAAGAAGAGCAGUACAACCAUUUAGAUGAGGCAGAUGUCAGCAAAGUGGACAAGCUGACCAGCGAUGCAAUGAUAUGGAUGAACAGCACCAUGAACCAGCAAAGCAAGCAGACCCUGACCGCAGAUCCAGCUGUUAAAGUCAAAGACAUUAGAGCAAAAACAAGGGAACUGUUCUCUGCUUGUAAUCCCAUCGUGACCAAGCCCAAACCCAAAGUGGAGGCUCCUAAGGAGGACACAUCUGCAGAGCAGAACGGUCCUGUCAAUGGACAGGAGAAGCCUCAAGAGGAGCCUGCAGACAAAGGAGCAGCUGAAAACACAGGGAAUCCAGCCUCGGAAACUGCAGACAACAAACCCGACAUGGAUCUCGAUUAAAGUAGCCCAAAGGCUCCUGAAGCUUAGCUGAACAGGGGCUGAUUACGUCAGACUGAGAUGCAGCCUGGCUGCAUGUCAGAGCUGGUCAUGUGUUUAAGGAGCCACACUCCACAGUCAAAUGCUGGAUCAGUGUUGAGCAAACUGGGCCCAACUUGUGGUGGUCUGACAUAGCAUGCCCUCUCUCUUUCUGGAUGAUUUAAAUCAAAAGCCAGCUGCAAUAACUGUUUGACAAUGAGCGCUGUACACAUGAUGGUAUUUAUUUCUGUUGUGUGCUCUGUACGUGUUCUGGUCUCUGUCAAAAUAUGGUUUCAAUAAAGUGACCCAAAAUCUCUGGCACCAUCCUUAUCA